AUUAAUCUUAUCUCUGACAAUAAAACCGUUGUUGCUGGGAGGUGCUGAUGACGUAUCGGCGGCAUUAACCACUUCCGGCUUUGGGUGCUGAUGAGACUGAAGCGAGCUGACUGAACAACACAGAAGAUGGCUGAUAGAAGUGACCUGAAAGCUGAGCUUGAGCGCAAAAAGCAGCGCUUAGCCCAGAUUCGAGAGGAGAAAAAAAGAAAGGAGGAAGAGAGAAAGAAAAAAGAGUCUGAGAUGCUUCAGAGGGCCGAGAAUGUGUCAGAAGACUCGGACCUGGACAGAAAGAGGAGAGAGACAGAGGCGCUCCUGCAGAGCAUUGGAAUUUCACCAGAACCACCUUUAGUGCAGCCACUGCAGCUUUUAACAUGGGAUACCUGUUAUUUUCAUUAUUUAGUCCCAACCCCUAUGUCUCCCUCUUCGCAAUCAGUGAGCCCACCCAGUGAAACUGGAAGUCAGGAGUCCAUAGAUGGAGGGACGGUGGGAAGGACGUUACAGUGGGACACCGACCCCUCAGCUCUUCAGCUUCUUGCAGAUUCGGUUCAUGGGAGCAGGAUGCAAAGGCUUGGUGCAUCAAAAAUUGUUCAGAUUGAUUUCAUGCCAAAAGAACAGGUGACAUACUCUAAAGAGACACAGACUCCUGUGGCAUCUGAUCAGCCUGAAGAAGAGGAGGAUGAGGAGCUGUCAGUGAACAAAGCUGAAUCUGUGCCACAGCAGCUGGAGGAGGAGAACACUCAGGACGCCGAAGAAGGCAAGAAGAAUCACAUAAAAAAAAAUAAUACUAAUACUAAUGAAAUGUUUAAAAGAAGUAUAACAUCUAUACAGAGCUGUAUGAAUAUGUGUGCCUUAGAUCAACUUAGAGAACUGACCAACGAGGAGAAAGAGCAGAUUAUUCAUUCAGAGGAUUUCCUGUUUUUCUUCGACCGAAGCAUCAGUGUAAUGGAGCGUGUGCUGGCCGAGGAUACGGACAUUUUCUUUGACUACAGUGGGCGAGAUAUGGAGGACAAAGAAGGGGACAUGCAAGCCGGAUCAAACUUGUCUUUUAAUCGACAUUUCUAUGAUGAGCAUUGGUCCAAACACAGAGUCGUCACUUCCUUGGAUUGGUCACCACAGUAUCCUGAAUUGCUAGUGGCCUCAUACAACACUAAUGAGGAUGCACCUCAUGAGCCAGAUGGAGUUGUGCUGGUCUGGAAUAUGAAGUUUAAGAAGACGACCCCCGAGUACAUAUUCCACUGUCAGUCCUCAGUGAUGUCAGUCGGCUUUGCUCAGUUUCAUCCCAACUUGGUGAUUGGCGGCACUUACUCUGGACAGAUAGCACUGUGGGACAAUCGAAGUCACAGGAGGACCCCAGUACAACGGACGCCCUUGUCUGCAACUGCACACACUCAUCCUGUGUACUGUGUGAAUGUGGUCGGAACACAAAAUGCCAACAACUUGAUCACAGUAUCCACUGAUGGCAAGAUGUGCUCCUGGAGUCUGGACAUGCUCUCGCAGCCUCAGGAGAGUAUGGAGCUGAUCUAUAAUAAGUCAAAGCCGGUGGCCGUCACUUGUAUGGCCUUCCCUGCAAGUGAUGUGAAUAACUAUGUGGUAGGAAGUGAGGAAGGCACCGUUUACACAGCAUCCCGCCAUGGAAGUAAGGCUGGUAUUGGUGAAAUGUUUGAUGGGCAUCAGGGUCCUGUGACUGGAAUCAGCUGCCAUAACGCUGUGGGUCCAGUCGACUUCUCCCACCUCUUUACCACUUCCUCAUUUGACUGGACAGUCAAACUGUGGUCGACUAAACAUAACAAGCCCCUGUAUUCCUUUGAAGACAAUGCAGACUAUGUUUAUGAUGUCAUGUGGUCUCCAGUGCAUCCUGCGCUUUUUGCUACAGUGGAUGGCAAUGGUCGUCUGGACCUCUGGAAUCUCAACAACUACACAGAGGUGCCGUCGGCAAGUGUGACAGUGGAGGGAGGGUGUGCCCUGAACCGGGUCAGAUGGGCAUUAGGGGGCAGAGAGGUGGCCGUGGGUGAUUCAGAGGGCCGUGUUUGGAUCUAUGAUGUGGGAGAGCAGUUAGCCGUGUCACAUACAGACGACUGGAGCAAAUUUGCCCGUACGCUCAUGGAGAUUCGUGCAAACCAAGGGGAUGGAGAGGAAGAAGGUGCUUUGGAGCUGCCUGCUUAAGACAUACACACACAGACACGUUCAGUGAGAAACACGUACGUAAAGUUGAAACAGGCGCUUGAUAUAAAGUGAGUAAAUCACACAUACACGCUUCUGUGAUCACAGGUCUUUUUUCUUUUGCCCACAAAAGUCUAUCUAUAGCAUGGGUGUUAAUUAGCAAUAACUCCUCUUCCAAUGCUAAUAGUUAAUUUCCUGAACACACACACACUAGUGAAUGGGCUUGAUACAACAUAUAUCUAGGGCUUGAAGUGACUAUAUAGGAGUGAGCCAGUGUGAUCGUACUGUAUCAAAACAGCUGUGCUGGAAUUACAAUUUAUUUUAUUUUACUGAGAUACGUAUUGACCGUUAUGUACAAAUAUAUUACAACAAAACUUAUGAAUGUGACUUUCUUUUUCCUUUCACCUUUUAUGACGUAUGUGUGCAUAAUUUAAUACCAACUGCAGCAUAAAACAACUGUAAAGUGUGAACUUACAAUAAAGGUCACUGUGUCUCAAA